AGGAGCCUCCAGCGAAUCACAGGCUCAUUGAUUAGGGCGAGUAGGUUUGAAUAGAGCUGGCCAUGUGCCAGCCCCCCCUCCUCCCAUUACUAACCCCUCUCCUAUGAUUAAUCGCAAUGCAUUAUUGAUCAUCAUAAUUAUGGCAGGACACAUGCGCGCUGGCUGGGGCUCCCUGCCCGGAAUUGGGAGCACAUUUUGGGAGUAAAUUAUUUGUCUUCUGCCCCAGCUGAUGUGUGAGCCAGCAUGUCUCGGAGGAAGCAGGCGAAGCCCCAGCAUUUCCAAUCGGACCCCGGUCUGGCCCUGCCUGGAAGUCAUGGUACACUGGAUUUGUUGCAAUUGAGGAUCAAUAAAGAAUCAGAAGAAAUGAAAUCGGAAGUAGAAGAAAUGAAAUUUGUUUUUAAAAAUGAACGAGUUGCAGAGAGAGGUCAAACUCAUCGGACACCCAAGAACAAGGAGGCUCAUGUCUGUAGCAGAUGCUGUGCUGAGUUCUUUGAAUUAUCAGAUUUGUUGCAGCAUAAGAAGAACUGCACUAAAAAUCAAUUGGUUCUAAUUGUGAAUGAAAAUCCACCACCUCCUGCUGGAACAAGUUCUCCAAGUCCCCCCUCAGAUAAUCCUGACGAGCACAUGAAUGACACCGUUAAUAACACAGAUCAAGCAGACUGUAGUGACCUUUCAGAACCUAAUAAGCCUGACAAAGAAGAAUCCAUGGAGGUGGAGAUCGAAGCUAGCAAUAGCAGCAGUGGUUCCAACCAAGUGGACAAUGGAGUUUCAAGCAGUAAUAAUUCCACAUUGGGUACCUCAGCUAUUACAACCUCACUACCUCAAGUAAGGGAUCUGACAACUUUGGGCAACUUCUCUGUUAUUAACAGCAAUGUUAUCAUUGAAAACCUUCAGAGCACUAGGGUGGCAGUAGCACAGUUCUCACAAGAAGCAAAAUCUAAAGGGGUCACCAACAAUAAAUUGGCUGUGCCUGCACUAAUGGAACAACUCUUGGCACUACAGCAGCAGCAGAUACAUCAGCUUCACCUGAUUGAGCAAAUACGGCACCAAAUAUUACUGCUGGCUUCACAAAGUGCAGAGAUACCUGCAACUUCUAGUGGGUCUCAAGGGACACUGAGAUUAUCAGCUACUCCACUGGCUACAUUGAGUUCCCACUUGUCUCAACAGCUGGCAGUAGCAGCUGGCUUAGCACAAAAUCUUGCUAGUCAAUCUGCUAGCAUUAGUGGUAUAAAGCAACUACCCCCAGUACAGCUACCUCGGAGCAGCCCUAACACUAUUCCAUCCAGCAGUAGUUCCUCUCCAAAUAUUAAUACAUUGACGACGAUUAAUCCAUCCUCUUCAGACAGAGUACCUGCAACCACUGGUGGCUCACAGGUCAGUAACCCACCAGUACCGGUAACAUCUUCACCAGCUUUUGCAGUAAGCAGUUUAUUAAGUCCCAUGUCUAACCCACUACUACCUCAACCUGUCUCGAGUAACACCCUUUUUCCUAAUACAUUGCCCAGUGUUGGAACAACAGCAGAGGACUUAAAUUCUCUGAGGAAAAACAAGCCAGCCAGUGUAUCUGCUUUUGAAACAAAGAGCGCAUCUGAUGAAGCAUUCUUCAAACACAAGUGUAGGUUCUGUGCAAAGGUCUUCGGUAGUGACAGUGCCUUGCAGAUCCACCUUCGGUCUCAUACGGGUGAGAGGCCAUUUAAAUGCAACAUUUGUGGAAACCGGUUUUCCACCAAAGGGAAUCUAAAAGUACACUUUCAACGUCACAAAGAUAAAUAUCCUCACAUUCAGAUGAAUCCAUAUCCAGUGCCAGAGCAUUUAGACAACAUACCUACAAGUACAGGAAUCCCAUAUGGGAUGUCAAUACCACCUGAAAAGCCCGUAACCAACUGGCUGGACACUAAACCAGUGUUGCCUACACUGACUACUUCUGUUGGGAUGCCCCUCCCACCAACCAUUUCCAACUUAACACCAUUUAUUAAAACUGAGGAGAUUCAGCCUAUUGCUAUUAGUCAUCCACUAGCUAGUCCUUCAGAGUCAGUAAAAAGUGAUUUGACAAGCUCAGAACCACUGAUUAAAAAAAAUAGCAGUCUUCCAGAAGAUGCUGAAGCCAGUGAAUUGCCGAGCUUUGAAGAGAAAUGUGAAGAAAAUUCACAGCAUUCAAAUAACUUUCAAAAUUAUAACAGUGCGGACUGUUCUCCUGCAGGUGAUUCUGGUUCUACCAAUACUGCAAAUUUUCCUAACCCACUUCUACCACUAAUGUCAGAGCAGUUUAAAGCAACAUUUCCAUUUGGGGGUCUUUUGGAUGCAGCUCCUACAUCAGAGACUUCAAAACUGCAGCAGCUUGUAGAAAACAUUGACAAAAAGUCUAGUGACCCCAAUGAGUGUGUAAUUUGCCAUCGGGUACUGAGUUGUCAGAGUGCCCUGAAAAUGCAUUACCGUACCCACACUGGAGAAAGACCCUUCAAAUGCAAAGUAUGUGGCCGUGCUUUUACCACAAAAGGUAACCUAAAGACCCAUUACAGUGUUCACCGUGCCAUGCCACCACUUAGAGUACAGCAUUCAUGUCCUAUUUGUCAAAAGAAAUUUACUAAUGCUGUUGUUCUGCAACAGCAUAUCAGAAUGCAUAUGGGAGGACAAAUUCCUAAUACUCCGGUUGCUGAAAACUAUCCUGAUUCUAUGGAAUCUGAUACUGGUUCUUUUGACGAGAAAACUAUUGAUGACCUAGACAACUUCUCAGAUGAGAACAUGGAAGACUGUCCUGACAGCAGUGUCCCCGAUACCCCAAAAUCUGCAGAUGUCUUCCAGGAUAGCCGGUCAUCCUCCCCAAUGCCCAAUGAAAUCUCAAGCAUUACUGCUUUGGAGAACCAAAUGAAGAUGAUCAAUGCUGGACUAGUAGAGCAGCUCCAGGCCAGUCUAAGGUCAACAGAAAAUGGCUCUGUCGAAGGUGAUCGUAUGACUAAUGACUCUUUGUCCCUUGGGGGAGAUAUAGAAAGCCAGAGUGCUGGAAGCCCAGCAGCUUCAGAAUCUACAUAUUCCAUGAAUGCUUUGUCACCUAACAGCACAAAUGACUUUAUGAAAUUCCCUAUCACAGAAGAGAAGCAGCAAAAAGCUUUACCACCUGAACUUCCUAACGGAAUGUCUCCAACUCCUGCCAAUGGGGGUGCCCUUGAUUUGACUUCCACUAACACUGAUAAAAUGGUAAAAGAAGAAGAAGCUUUGGGUGUGCUCUUUCCAUUCAGAGAACGGAAUAAAUUUAAAAAUACAGUUUGUGAUAUUUGUGGCAAAACAUUUGCAUGUCAAAGUGCCUUGGACAUUCAUUACAGAAGCCAUACCAAAGAGAGACCAUUCAUUUGCACAAUGUGCAACCGUGGCUUUUCCACUAAAGGCAAUUUGAAACAGCACAUGCUGACACAUCAGAUGAGAGAUCUACCUUCUCAACUUUUUGAGCCCAACUCCAAUUUGACCAUUACCACCAAUUCAACAAUAAACCCAGCUACCAAUCCUCUGGCAGCCCUCAUAAAAACUGAAUUUAAUGGUUUCAUACAUGGCUCACCUCAUGACAACAAGGAACCACCAUCAUGUAUUACAUCUUCAGGAUCUAUAUCUUCUUCAGCCACAUCACCUGUUCUCCUUCCAUCCUUGGCAAGAAGGACUCCAAAACAGCACUACUGCCAUGCAUGUGGCAAGUCUUUUUCAUCUUCCAGCGCUUUACAAAUCCACGAGAGAACUCACACUGGCGAAAAACCAUUUGCCUGCAGCAUAUGUGGCAGAGCCUUUACUACGAAAGGGAAUCUUAAGGUUCAUAUGGGCACUCACAUGUGGAACAGUACACCUGCACGGAGAGGAAGAAGACUUUCUGUGGAUGGACCCAUGGCAUUUUUAGGAGGGAAUCCAGUUAAAUUUCCAGAAAUGUUCUCAAAAGACUUGGUUGCCAGGACAGGAAAUGGGGAUCCAUCAACUUUCUGGAACCAGUAUGCUGCAGCACUGUCAAAUGGAUUGGCCAUGAAGACGAAUGAAAUCUCAGUUAUUCAGAAUGGUGGAAUUACUCCAAUGACUGGAAGUUUGGGAAAUGGUGGGAGCUCACCUGUUAGUGGCAUGACUGGAAACUUAGAAAAAUUGCAAAACUCCGAACCAAAUGCACCUCUAGCUGGUCUGGAGAAACUAGCGAGCAGUGAAAAUGGGACUUCUUUCAGAUUUAUGCGUUUUGUGGAGGACAGUAAAGAGAUUGCCACAAACUAGCACGUCAUUUCUUGAGGACAGUAUGCGCAACCAGAGGUUGCUUUUAAUUUUUUUUUUUUUUUAAACGGCACCAUCGAAACUUCUUUUUGUAUCAUGUUCAAGUUGUAGAGUUUUAAGUGAGUGUAUUUAUUAGUGAUCCUAACUUUUGCUUUGCAUACAAAUGCAAGGAUUAACUUUGGUCUUUUGUAUUUGGAAAUAAAUACUAAUAGACUGGAGUUGUAGCUGAAUACUAAUAGACUGGAGUUGUAAACAGGCUGUAACAUUUAUGGCAACUUGCAAGUCUUGACAGUUGAUCAUUUGGCAUUAACUUAUUUUAUAUAUUCAGUUUUAACAUGGUCCCUGAUGUUAACGCAUAAAGUAAUAUGGUAAAAUUGACUUUGACCAGAAGUGAAUUCAAAUUUUGAUGGGAACUUUCCCGCCUGCAUUCUUGGGAUGGAAGGGUAUGGACUAUGAAAAGGACUAAUUUUAGAAUUGUACAGUGUAAUCCUGAACAGCUGUCGGGUUUUUUCACUUUUUAAUUUUAAGAGGAUUUUAAAAUUUGAAUCCCUUACAUGUUCACCAAUAGAUGUACUGUGCAUUUUAUUGUUUCUAAUGUGUAUAGACUCGUGUACAGUGAAACUAAUGCAGGUUGUAUGAAAAAGGAUGCAAUUUUUAUUUUUUUUGCAAUGAACACCUCCCUCCCCAUCCCAUUUGUAGGUAUGCUCAUUAUAGGAGACGUGCUGGAAUUUCACAAUUGCUGCUAAAUAUAGCAUCUUAAACAACCUUCCAUUUCAAAAAGAAGACAAAAAAUGUAGAUGCUUGUGUAUAUGUACA